AUGAGUCAAAUGGGGGAUCCGAGUUUUAAAUUGGACGGAAGCCCCUACGAAGUGGAGCAGAUCAUCGGAAUCGGGGCUUAUGGCCAAGUCCGGCAGGCCAUCGAUGUGGUAAGGAAAAAUGGAUUGAAAAAAGACGGAGUUUUAUGAUUUUUAAAUACUUUUUAUUCGAAAAAAGUUGCGCUUACAACUUUUUCUCUCUUAUGAACAAAAUAAAAUCUAAAAAUUUCAAUGGUUCAUCUUACGGUAGAGUUACUGAAAUAAAUUGCCAACCUCACGAGGGAAUGGUCUGAACUUCCCCCAGCGUUUGGGAAAAUGACUAGUACAGGUGGAUAGAGCAUGUCAACUUUAGUAAAAAGAGCCAUUUUCCAGCUGCGAAAUAAGUCUAGCCGACGAGAAAAAUCGACCGAAACUUCCACAAAAAUUUCCUCUUUCUCUUCCCUCGGAAAAGAAGAGCGGUGUCCAAUGGUUCGGUUGGCUGAGUGGAUAAAGCGUCCGCUCGGUAUUCUUUUGGGGGUUGGUUCGAUUCCGGGGUCUCGCGAAAGACCGUGAUAAGGCUUUGAUGAGCAAGAUCAAACUCUAACAACCCAAAAAAAAAUAUUUUGCCUUUUUCAAAGUCAAGUCUAUCACCAAACAAGUAUAACUUCGACGUUUCAUGGCUUUGAAGGUUCGGAAGCACCCAAAAAUUUAUUUGUUGACGAUUAUUGUUUUGGUAUAAUGCCCCUAUAAAUCGCAUUAAAAUGGUAAAUUUUUUUUUUUGGUUUGUUAGAGUUUGAUCUUGCUCAUCAAAGCCUUAUCACGGUAAUUCGCGAGACCCCGGAAUCGAACCAACCCCCAAAAGAAUGCCGAGCGGACGCCUUAUCCACUCGGCCAACCGAACCAUUGGACACCGCUCUUCUUUUCCGAGGGAAGAGAAAGAGGAAAUUUUUGUGGAACUUUCGGUCGAUUUUUCUCGUCGACUAGGCUUAUUUCGCAGCUGGAAAAUGGCUCUUUUUACUAAAGUUGACAUGCUCUAUCCACCUGUACUAGUCAUUUUCCUAAACGCUGGGGGAAGUUCAGACCAUUCCCUCGUCAGCUCAUUCUUUACAUUUACAGCGGAAUCAUCGACCAGUGGCCAUAAAACGAAUCGUCGAUGCUUUUGGGACAUAUGUUUUGGCCAAACGAAAUCUCCGAGAGGUUAGGAUCCUCAGAAGAUUGUCCCAUAAAAAUAUAAUCAGCGUGCUCGAUAUGUUUGUGGUUCCGGCGAAUCACGUAAGUACUACUGCAUAGCCAAACCGAAAGGUUACAUACUAGAAAUUCAAAAAAAUGUUUUGCAAAGAGACUACGACAUCUCUGAUUCAGUCGUUAUAAAUUUAAAAUGUCAUCAUAACAGGUUUGGUCACAUAACUUUUUUAACAAGGAAAGUACUUCCAUGGGGUGUGGAAUUACCGGUCGAGAUAUAUAUCAAAAAAUUCGCAAAAAUUUUCUGAUUCAGAAUAUAUAUAAAUUAGCUGCCUAAUUUUGGUCUAUCAGCGAGUUUUUUCAAUAAAUGUUUUUCUCGAGGAAAAAAAUCUGCGGCAACAAAAGCGCGCUCGGUCUCUUCCUUCGGAAGAGAGCGGCGUGGCCGAGUGGUUAGAGCGCUGGCUUGGAAAUCCGUGGGAAACGGGUUCGAUUCUUUUUGCCACACUAGAACCCAUUUUUUACAUUGGAACUACUUUUAAGGUGUAGUUGUAAUCCAAUUUGAUAUUUUAAGGCUUGUCAAGGCCUCAGAAUUUAGUUUAGCACAAAACAAAAUUUUUUUAUUGUUAAAAACACGGUCAAAAAGACACUUGCAUGAUGUCGCGAGAAAAAUUCUGAGGACAAAAACAUGUCAUCAGACCAAAAUUAGGCAGCUAAUUUAUAUAUAUUCUGAAUCAGAAAAUUUUUGCGAAUUUUUUGAUAUAUAUCUCGACCGGUAAUUCCACACCCCAUAGAAGUACUUUCCUUGUAAAAAGAGGGAGGUUCUAUGAUAAUUACAGUACCUUCUGUCACCUCAGUUAUCUUUCAAAUAUUCUCUGCACUAUCUAUCUGGAUCCAGCAUCGACUCUUUUAAUGUGUCCCUCAGAAAAAGGCUAUUUUAACAGAACUUACUUGUUAGACACUUCAUAAUUUUGCUCUCCAAAUGUAUAUUAUUCAACAUCGCGAAAAACCCGUUAAAAUUAAAAAUUUUUUUUUGCAAAACCUGAUUUAAAACUCCGGUAUUUACCUUAUUAUUAUACAUCCUAGUCAAAAUAUAAGCCGAUCUUUCACCACAGCCUUCCUUCUACUAUUAUAAAGCAUGUCGUAAUUUAGGGCCACGACAUUUUCCUCGUAAUGGAUUUAAUGGAGACCACCCUCCACAAGAUUGUGCACAGUACCCAGACCUUGACUGAUAAGCACGUCAAGUACUUUCUUUAUCAGAUUUUGUGUGGGUUAAAGGUAAUUCGAGGUAACGGGUGUGAUCAAAACAUUGUUUUUUAGUACCUCCAUUCAGGCGGGAUCGUUCAUCGUGAUUUGAAACCAGAUAAUUUACUGGUAAACGCUGAUUGUCUGCUGAAAAUUGCUGAUUUUGGAAUGGCCAGAUCGCUGGAUAAAUUGAAAACUGAGGAGGACUCAGUGAUGACGGUGAGUUUUGUUGAUUUAGAACUGCAUUUAUUCUCUGCAUAUUCAAAACUUCUUCAAUUCUUUGUUCGAUUCGUAUUAUCCAUGACAUAUUUGUAGCAAUACGUGCAAACCAGAUGGUACCGCGCCCCUGAAUUGUUGUUCUCAAUGUUGGAUUACGAUGUAAAGUAGGUUGGGGAGUUAAUUGAUCAAGUUAAACAAUUGGAUUCCUUUACAAAAAGCUGAAUUCGUAGAAAAUAAAAAAGAUGACUUCUUAAACUCUUUUGCAAAGGUCAGACGAACGAAAUGGAAGUGCAAAAAUUACUGCAAAAUGACUUGAACAUCCAGCUAAAAAGACUGCAACAACUUUUAGAGUGGAUAUCUGGUCGGUUGGAUGUAUUUUUUCGGAGAUGAUAAUGCGCCGCCAAUUAUUCCCGGGGAGGGAAGCAGCCAUGCAAAUUAAGAUGAUUGUAUGUUAUUUGGGCACUCCACCUCCAGAAGUCCUUGACAAAAUCAGCUCAGUGCUGAUCAGAGAUUGGAUUAUUAGCCUUGGGCCAAGAGAACCGUUGCCAUGGAAAGCGAUUUUGCCAAAAGCGUCCUCAAGAGCCGUGGACCUGGCGGAAAGGGUAAGGAAGUGAAAAGAGAGUGGGAAGAUUAAAGUAAAACUUCUUUAUUGCUCCCAAUAACUUGGGGUGACAGGAUAGGUCAUCUUAAACUAUAGUCGGGGAGAGCUCAAAUAAAAUACCUUCGCUCGUGUUUAGCAAAAACCACCAAGAGAACAAGAUCGAAAAUUUUCCGACAUUUUACUUUCAUGCAAUUAAAAAAAUGCUGGUUCUGAUUGGAGAUUCCAACAUUUUUAGAAAUAUUAGGUUGAUGCAAAAGGAAUUGCGGAUUUUUUAAUUUAUUCGUAUUUUUUUAUAGGAUAGCUCAAUUCAAAAAUGGAAAAAGGUAUAUAGUAGCAAAUUUUAAGAGGAUUUUUUCUGUAUAUGUGCUAUUCUUAUAAAAGUUAUCAAACGUUACCAUAAGUUACCACGAAGGUACCCUAAACAUGUUAGUACAUUUUAAACCAAUUAUUUUACAUAUUUUUUUGCGGCUUUAUCCAUUUUUGAAAAUAUUUUGAUAAAAUACGUUAUAUUCUAUCAAAAAACAAAAAAAAACCCCCAUUUUUGGCAAAGCGUUAAAACGCUAUCCCAAAAAUUCAAAUUUUAGCAAAUUUUACAAAUCGUGUCAUAUCUUUUUUUAAUAAGUCCAAAAUAAAAAAUUCUUUUUGCUUUCGAUUAGUAACAACAUUUUUAAGGCUUUCGUGAAAAAAAGACAUCAAAAUCUUGAAUUUUAUUUUUUGGUCAAAAAAUGUCAAAAAAAUAAAUUUUUUUGAUUUUGAUGUUUUUUGUCACAAAAAUCUUAAAAAUGUUGUUACUAAUCGAAAGCAAAAAGAAUUUUUUAUUUUGGACUUAUAAAAAAAAGAUAUGACACGAUUUGUAAAAUUUGCUGAAAUUUGAAUUUUUGGGAUAGCGUUUUAACGCUUUGCCAAAAAUGGGGUUUUUUUUGUUUUUUGAUAGAAUAUAACGUAUUUUAUCAAAAUAUUUUCAAAAAUGGAUAAAGCCGCAAAACAAUAUGUAAAAAAAUUGGUUUAAAAUAUACUAACAUGUUUAGGGUACUUUCGUGGUAACUUAUGGUAACGUUUGAUAACUUUUAUGAGAAUAGCACAUAUACAGAAAAAAUCCUCUUAAAAUUUACUACUAUAUACCUUUUUCCAUUUUUGAAUUGAGCUAUCCUAUAAAAAAAUACGAAUAAAUUAAAAAAUCCGCAAUUCCUUUUGCAUCAACCUAAUAAAAUGUCCUGCCUUAAAUUUUCGGAAUCAUGAAACGAUUUUUUCUCUCACCGACUCUCAUUUUCUAUGCUCUCUAACCAAAGAUGUCUGUCCAAUACGUCUUUUGCAAAGCAAGGGCUAAAAUUCGCAAGAACUACAAUCCCCUAUCUCCAUAACGACGUGUUCCACUAGGCAUAAACCACACCGCUUCCUUAACAGUCACUUUUCAAACUUCAUGCCUGAUUGUGACAUCUCACUCACAAUUGUGGGAUGUGACCAUUAGAUAAAAAGUUACUAUCUGAAUCCUGGGCACCCCCAAGGCAUCAGAUCUAAUUAGUGACUUUAUUGUAAUGUGACACCACUCCUAUUCUGUACCUCUUUUUUGGGAUAAAAAACGAAUGGAAUUCCCCCUUUCGGAAAGUUUUAUGAUAACCAUUCCGAUACAAACUUUUUAGAGAAUUGUUUAGUAAACUAAAUUUCAAAAUAGCGUGGGGAUUCGACUGGUUUGACGAGUUUCCCAAACAAAUGCGUCUAAGUUGUGCCCACGUGACUUCAGAUCACAAAGUACAUAUAAGGGAGAUUUCGAAAGAACAAAGGUCGGGGUGCAGAAAGACUAGAAUACAAGAGGAAAAACAAACGUAAACAAAUUUGUUAUGUUCAAUUUGGAAAAAAAACAACAUAAACAAGCCUACAUCAUUAUUAAAAUCAAGUUUAAAGUGUGAUUUUUCGGAGAGCAUUGGCGUUCAAAAGAGCUGACUUUUCGUGGAAAAUUCCACUAAACUUCAGUGUUUCAAAAAAUUAAUUAUAAAAAUAUGUAAAGCAUACGUUUUCUAUGCAUAAAUUUUUUAGAUGUCAACAAAAUUGAAUGAAAAGGCAAAGAACGCUUUUAAAAAAUAUUUCACAGACAGUGAUUUGUCUGGGCGUUUUGAUUUCUUUGAUCUUUCUUUUUUUAGCUUCUAAAAAUGGAGCCUUGGAAUCGUUUGAGUGCCGAUGACGCUCUUUCCCAUCCAUAUUUGUCGCUUUAUCAUGUCCCGGAGAAUGAGCCCGCAUGUCCAGAGGCAGUUCAGUUGGAUGUAGAUGCCAUCGAAAGUCUUUCGAUGCAAGAUUGCCUGAGCGAACUUGGCCAAGAAGCGCGAUUAUUCCAGUCACAACGGGAAUUGUAUCCUAUUGAGUCGGUGUAG